AGUUAGGAGGAAGGCUUCAUGUAAGAUAAGCCCAGGAGAGCUGCUGGUGUCUUCCUACCACCUGAGCAGGUGGGCUCUAGGGUAACCAAACAGGACUAGGGUGACCACUGCUUCCAAGCUCUAACUGAAUCUCGGUCAUUGGGAUGGUGGGCUGGAAGAACUCUUUUCCUGCCUUAUCUUUGUGGAAUGUAGCCUGAGCCCCUCCAGCCACUCCUGACUGCAAGCAGUCAGCUCCUCCCAGGGGGCAAAGCCUCAGGUUAAAGCAGGGCUGAGGGGCACCUCCGUCAAGGUUACCAAGUUUCUGAUGCCUCAAUGCUCUGGUACUGAAGCCCUGGCUGUUACCCGGCCCUGAGAAAUGGGGUACAACCAGGUGUCUAGGGCUCUGCUGUGGGAUUUCAAAGCCAUAAUCAGACUGAAAAGUGAGUGGUAAGAUCAGACCAGUCCCAGUGGGAGGAAGGGAUGCAGGGGAAGGAGCUGUGGGUUUGACCCUGCCCAAGCGGAAGCACUGCAGGAGCUGGAGAUGCCUCUUUCCCUCUCUCAACUGUGAUGGUGUCCCAUGCCCCUUCCUACCACGUGAGAAUGGAACCCCAUCCCCUGGCCCAUACUCCUAGUAUAGCUAGAAGGCUUCCAUUUACUCUUGCAUCCCUUUGGAAGCAGAAGAGUAAGGCAUGCCCCUAGCAAGUGAGUGUCUCAGAAUUGUCCUGCAGGUGGCUUUAAAUCCCUACUCCUGAAGUGGAUAUGCCCAGCCCUCAUGGGCAUUGGGUCUAAAGAUAUGGUAAUACCGAUGUGGAGGGCCCCAAAUCCCAAAACUGCCCCUGCCAGAAUCCCUGAGUUUGGGGUCCACAAGACUCACCCUUGUGUGUUUCAGAUAUAGUCUGGUGUCGUCAGGGACACCAGGCCCAGAGUGAGCAGUGCCCUCUGUGCCUUUUAGAGCCAAUGCCCAGGGAAUAGUAAGCCAGCAAAUCAAGUGCCAAGUCUGCCUGACCUAGAGAGGUGCCCUGGCCGGGUUCUUCCUCUAGCUUUGUGGCAUUGUCUUUGUUUUCUUCCUCUUGGGUGGAGCCCUGCCAUUCCUCUUGGGUGGAGCCCCACCACCAAGGUUACACUAGGUGGCACUAAAAGAAAUGCUUUACCCAAAGCCUUCUAUGUACUUUACAUCCAUUCUCAGACAUCUGUACCACUCUGUAAGGUUGGUUUUUUUCCUGUUUACUAAGAGGAAGUGAUUCAGAGAGGUUAGGUUACUUAAUUCAAGGCCUCACACCUGGUAAACUGUGACUCUGAAAUCAAGAUAGGCUUUCUUUUUCCCUCAGGGAGCUGCCUCUUGGUAGCCUAGGAAGGCCCUGGGGCAAAGAAGCUUCUAAAAGGUCCUCACAGCCAGAGAAUCAGUCCCAUCAGAACAAUGACCCCCAAUUCUGAGAAAGUUGGUCCCUGUUCCAUGUAGGGGAAUGGAGCUGCUGAGCACUGCCAGAGCCACAGGCCAGCUCAGGGAGCCAGAGCAAGCAGGCAGGUGGAGCUCUUGCUCUGCACCAGGGCCCCUCUGCGGUCUCCGCAGCCGUUUGCAUUUCCUGAAACCGGAUCUUGAUGUUAAGAGCCGCCCCUAGGCCGGGCGGGCGCCUCAGCCAUGGCCCUGCGCAAGGAGCUGCUCAAGUCCAUCUGGUACGCCUUCACCGCGCUGGAUGUAGAGAAGAGUGGCAAGGUCUCCAAGUCCCAGCUCAAGGUGCUGUCCCACAACCUGUACACGGUCCUGCAUAUCCCCCAUGACCCUGUGGCCCUGGAGGAGCACUUCCGAGAUGAUGAUGAUGGUCCCGUGUCCAGCCAGGGCUACAUGCCCUACCUCAACAAGUACAUCCUGGACAAGGUGGAAGAGGGGGCUUUCGUUAAAGAGCACUUUGAUGAGCUGUGCUGGACCCUGACGGCCAAGAAGAACUAUCAAGCAGAUAGCAACGGGAACAGCUUGCUCUCCAAUCAGGAUGCCUUCCGCCUCUGGUGCCUCUUCAACUUCCUGUCUGAGGACAAGUACCCUCUGAUCAUGGUUCCUGAUGAGGUAGAAUACCUGCUGAAGAAGGUACUCAGCAGCAUGAGUUUGGAGGUGGGCUUGGGCGAGCUGGAGGAGUUGCUGGCCCAGGAGGCCCAGGCAGCCCAGACCACCGGGGGACUCAGUGUCUGGCAGUUCCUGGAGCUCUUCAACUCUGGCCGCUGCCUGCGGGGCGUGGGACGGGACACCCUCAGCAUGGCCAUCCAUGAGGUCUACCAGGAGCUCAUCCAAGAUGUCCUGAAGCAGGGCUACCUCUGGAAGCGGGGGCACCUGAGGAGGAACUGGGCAGAACGCUGGUUCCAGCUGCAGCCCAGCUGCCUCUGCUACUUUGGGAGUGAAGAGUGCAAGGAGAAAAGGGGCACCAUCCCCCUGGAUGCCCACUGCUGUGUGGAGGUGCUGCCUGACCGCGAAGGAAAGCGCUGCAUGUUCUGUGUGAAGACCGCCAGCCGCACCUAUGAGAUGAGCGCCUCAGACACGCGCCAGCGCCAGGAGUGGACAGCGGCCAUCCAGACCGCGAUCCGGCUGCAGGCGGAGGGGAAGACAUCGCUGCACAAGGACUUGAAGCAGAAGCGGCGCGAACAACGGGAACAACGGGAGCAGCGCCGGGCGGCCAAGGAAGAGGAGCUGCUGCGGCUGCAGCAGUUGCAGGAGGAGAAGGAGCGGAAGCUGCAGGAGCUGGAACUGCUGCAGGAGGCGCAGCGACAGGCGGAGCGGCUGCUGCAGGAGGAAGAGGAGCGCCGUCGCAGCCAGCACCGGGAGUUGCAGCAGGCCCUGGAGGACCAAUUGCGGGAGGCGGAGCAGGCUCGAGCCUCCAUGCAGGCCGAGAUGGAGCUGAAGAAGGAGGAGGCUGCCCGGCAGCGGCAGCGCAUCAAGGAGCUGGAGGAGAUGCAGCAGCGGUUGCAGGAGGCUCUGCAACUGGAGGUGAAAGCUCGGCGUGAUGAGGAGGCAGUGCGCCUCGCCCAGACCAGACUGCUGGAGGAGGAGGAGGAGAAGCUGAAGCAGUUGAUGCAGCUGAAGGAGGAGCAGGAGCGCAACAUCGAACGCACGCAGCAGAAGAAGCAAGAGCUGCAGCAGGAGAUGGCGCUGAAGAGCCGCUCCCUGCAGCAGGCCCAGCAGCAGCUGGAGGAGGUGCGGCAGAACCGGCAGAGGGUCGACGAGGACGUAGAGGCUGCUCAGAGGAAGUUGCGCCAGGCCAGCACCAACGUGAAACACUGGAAUGUCCAGAUGAACAGGCUCAUGCAUCCAAUUAAGCCUGGAGAUAAGCGUCCAGUCACCAGCAGCUCCUUCACAGGCUUCCAUCCCCCUGUACUUGCCCGCCGAGAUUCCUCUCUAAAGCACCUGACCCGCUGGGGAUCCCAGAGAAACAGGACCCCCUCACCGAACAUCAGUGAACCAAAGUCCCUCAAUGGUGGGGAUGAGACUCCAGUCCCGGCCUCCACCACUCAAGAAGAUAAUCUGGAUCCCCCACCAGAAAAUUAGCCUCUCCUAGCCCCUUGUUGCUUCCAACAUCAUGUCCACCAGGACCUGGCCACAGCUGGCCUGUGGAUGACACUGGCCCCUGAAAGGAGAGGGAGCUGAGGUCCUGGUGCCAGGGACCCAGGAGACUGUCCAGGGACCCAGGACCCCUCCAACCAGGAGACUGUCCAGGAUGGAACAUGGUUUGUCUCUUGUACCAGUCCUAAGCCCCAGACGAUGGCUGAGACUGUCUGAUGUGUUAAUAUUUGAGAACUUGGCCCUGUGCUUUAGCCCCAAGGACCAAUGACCUGGACUGGGAAAGAGAGCGAACAAGCAAAACAAGGGCCAUCGGCCCGCAAGCUGCCACUAAGUUGUAGAGGCAUUUUUCCAAAUAAAAACUGUUCUUAGAAGGAAUUAUUA